AUGAUAGCCGAAGGUCUACUGGCCCAGAAAAAGAAUAGGGACAGACCAUCUUCCAUAGAAAACGUCCCAUCCAAGACAAAAGCUGUCAUUCCUACACCGGUAGAAGAUGUUAGAUACGACGAAAUUGGCCAUUUUCCGAUUUAUGCAAAUAUGGUUACUCAACAGUACACUGCCAGAAGUGUAAAUUAG